AACCAUCUAUCUAUCUCAUUUCGGCCAGCCACGCACUUAGACUUAUACGUUCAUUUAAUUGUGGUGCGCUGCCGCUCUCAUCAUCAUGGUUGGACAGAAGAAGCCUGCGAAGGGGAAGAAGAUCCCCAAAGGAAAGAAGGUAGCUCCCACCCCCGCAGCUCUCAUUGAUGCUGCUGGUGGAUCAUCUGCCAAAAAAGCUCAAAAGGAGGAGAAGGAGAGAGUUGUCAAUCCUCUGUUCGAGAAGCGACCUCGUAACACGAGCAAGCCCAAACGUGACUGGGCCAAGAGGGAUCUGACCCGCUUCACUAAGUGGCCUCGCUACAUCACCCUUCAGAGGCAGAAGGCCCUACUCCUGCAGAGGCUUAAGGUGCCUCCUCCAGUGUACCAGUUCAACAAGCGCCAGACGCUGGACAGUCAUCAAGCUCGUGAAGUGUUGGCUCUCCUCAAUAAGUAUAAACCCGAGACCAAGCUCGCAGCUAAGCUCCGCCUCAAGAAGCAGGCCGAGGAGCAGGCUGCGGGUAAGGACGUUAUUUCCAAGAAGAAGCCUCUGGUCGUCCAACAAGGCAUCAACAAAGUUACGACUUUGGUCGAACAGAAGAAAGCCAAACUCGUGGUCAUCGCCCAUGAUGUUGAUCCGAUUGAGAUUGUGCUGUUCCUGCCCGCCCUGUGCCGCAAGAUGGGAGUUCCUUAUUGUAUCCUGAAGAGCAAGGCAAGACUUGGAACUGUUGUUCGUAGGAAGACCUGCACUGCGGUUGCCCUGACAGAGGUCGAGUCCGCUGACAAGAACAACCUUGCGAAGCUCAUCGAUGUGAUCAAGUCCCACUACAACGAUCGCUUCGACGACAUCCGCAGGAGCUGGGGAGGUGGCGCUCUCUCACGCAAGGCUUUGGCCCGCAAGCAGAAGCUCGAGAAGGCCAAGGCGAAAGAGACCAAAAAGGCAGAGAAAGCAGCCUUGCUGGCAUAAAUUGCGAGACUUGCA